AUGACACUAUCUGCCUCUAGAGCUUCUCCAAUAGCUCUUCCAAUCUCUGCGCUUCUACCUUCGUCGGCCAAUGCCCCGCCGGAUCCACUGCCGUUCCCGCACGCAGCGAUCCUGGGGCCGCUACCGCCCACCGCAGCCCUACACCUCGCUCUAGAGUACCUAGCUUUGGCAGAGAUACCUGCAUACGACGGUCAGCAAUGGAGGGAGAACGGUGACGAUUGUACAUCUGAGGCCUCAUAUGCUGCUUCGGCACCCGCCAGAGCCCUGAUCAUUAAUUGCGCCAAGACCUGGGCUGAGGACAUCGAAGAGGAGGAUGAGGAUUGGCUCAGGGAUCACGGAGCAGAAUACGGCGUGCUGGACAUGCUAUCAAGGGUGGAUAUGAGAUUCUGCCCUUCUCCAAAACACUUGAUACUCCUGUUAAAUCUCCUCAGUACAACUUCCUCCUCGCCAGCUUCCGGCCUUGCGCACGAACUGCCGACCACGCCUGGGCUUGUCAUUCUACAAGACGCCGCCAGCAUGUUUAUGCGCACAGUAGAACAAGAUGAGAACCUCCCACCCGCAGUGGACGAAACAGAUGAGCCACGACUGCGAGCAUCAGGCGUAGAGUUUGAACCGGGUACUACGAUUUCCGACUAUCUCGAUCUCAUCAGCUGCGCCAAGAACACGCUGCAUCAUUUUGCAUCGACAAGCGGUGAUGGUAUCCCACCUCAGCUCGUAGUUCUCGAGCCCCAUCUCUCGUCCACAGACUCAUAUUUGCCUAUCCUGAAGCCAGCCGCAUCCUUGGACCAAAAGGGAAAGAUGGCAACACCAACGAGAGAAAAGCGAAUCAACGUGAAGGAUGCAUUGGAAUAUCUCAUCGGACAGCCUAACGUUGGCGUAGUCGAACAGGAGGGCAAGUUGAGAUUGACUCCCGAUCCCGAUGCUACGCCUGAUGAUCCGCCUCUGUACUCUUUGACAUUGAGAGACGAAGCGUCCUAUCGUAUGACGAAACGGCACUGCCAGCGCCAUAGUUGGGCUAGGGCCACACCCGUCAACGAGGAGAGUGAGAUGGUACAGGAGGAUCCUGGCGGUUGGCGCUGGGAGUGGACAGUGUAG